CAUAACCAAAGACUGUGUAUCCAUGUACCCUAAAGCAACAGUUUCUUUCCAGUCCCAAAUCAGUUUAUAUCACAGGUUUCAAUUGGAGCAAGAAUCUGAGUAGCUACAACAAAGUGCGGUCUGGUGAACAGAGUCUUUUGAGAACUGGAAGAAAACUGUGUCUCCUCCGGCCACUGAGUUCCACAGAAUGCCAAGAUGGUGUCCAGAACUGCCCACAAUCAUGAGAUGAUCAUACUUGCCAUUAUGCUAUGAUGCCACUGGCAACCUACAUUCUGUGUGGGAACUUUCUUCGGUUGGUCUCCUACUGGUAUCCUCCGUCUCUAGCACCUCUUGUCAUGGAAAGCAUUUCUCAAAUUCUGCAAGAUAUCCGUGACUACUGGGCUGAUCAUUUCUCUCGUAGAUUUUUGCCCAGAAGGCCACCCCUUCGCCAAGCAACCUCCCUGUCCACUUUCUAUCUGUUGGACUACAAAACCCGGCAAUCAGAACUGGGGAUAGAUUAUGGCUCUCCAUGUGCUCAGCUGAACAAAACAAAGUUUGUUUUUCAAGAUGGCGAGUGGCAAUCUGAUGGUGCACCUCAGGGAAUGCCUUUGCUGCAGUUAUACUCAUCUCCUGAUAGGAAUUCGCCCCAUAAGGCCCUGAAGAAAGCAAACAAAGUCCUGCUGGAAGAGAACAAUUACUUAAAGCUACAGCUUGAGUUGCUGAUGGACAUGCUGACAGAGACUACGGCACGGCUACACUCAGUAGAAAAAAGGAUGGGCACCACUUUAUGGCAUCCGAAAAUUAAAAAGACAAACAAAGUACUGCUGCUUCAGUCUUAACAGAUGUCUUGGACACAAAAGUCACAAUAACUGUAUUUCUGAAGUAGCUUGCCUUCUUUGGUCUAGACACUUAAUAAAAUCU